GAAACUUUAGCCGUAAUUUGAUUGUAAUAGGAAUGACCUACGCCUUUGCCGAAGAACAUGUUUCCACUCGUCGUUCUAUAAAGAUUUUUUGUUUUAUUUUUUUUUUUUCUGAGAAAGUUCAGAGGACCACCGUGUUGUUUUUUUCCCUCCAAAAUAUAUGAUUGAUGGGUACCUUGCACCGGCACCGGUUAUCCCUAAUAAUAAUGAAAAUUGUAAUAAGCCUAGUUAAAAUGCAUAAAAUGUUGCGUGUGAUUGGGUAACACCUUUAUAAGAUCACUAAUUGCUGCUUUAGUUGGUGUUUAAGAAAACCCUCCGGCCAUUCUAACCUCAAACCCUAAAACUGUAACGGUCGCAUAGAUUCGCCAAAUCCACCGCCGCCGGUUCAACUCAAAACUCAUCUCUCCCUUUAUUCGAGUUUUGCUUUUGGCCGCAGUGUCGAGGUUUUGGACACCUGGAAACCGCAUGGAGGUUGCAGUUGUGGUCAAACAUUUUUUCUGUAACUUCCCGCAGUAUCAAGGAUGGGGCUGAAACACAACUGCCGCCAUAAUUUAAAACUUUGUUUAGAACACCAUUAGGAGUUUUGAAACUCUGUGUGGCUGUUUUGGGCUGAUAUCGUGUUAACUGACUAUUCUUGCAGGCCUUUAGGGGAAGUGACUGAAAGAGGCUUUGGCAAUAGAUUGGAGUGUAGGUUAGAUUCAGUUGGUACAUUCAAUUAGAAAACUUAAGAUUAUUGUAAGAUAUAUAGAUACAAAGAAACGAGGAUUUGCUGGGUGGUCAUGUAAGAUAUUUAGAUAUAGAGAGAGGUGUUUUUUGGGGGUGAUCUUAGAUUAUCAGUAUUAGUUUGGCAGUGUAUUUAGGCCUCUGCAUAUUUCUUGUCUAGGAGGUGUUUUUCCAUUUUGAGAUCCGUGAUUGAUGGAUGUAGUAAAUGAUUUGCAUAUGGGAGGUUCAACCAGUACAGAGGACGUAAAUUUGUCACAGAAGCGGAAAGCGCCGAAAAGGAAGAAAGAAGGUAAUGCUGUUCAGUGUGAAGGUCCUGAUUUUUCACUGGAUAAUUCUUCACCGAAGAUGGAUGGUACUGUAAAUCACCCAUUGCCUAAUUUCGUAAGUUGCCUAAUUGUAGAAUUUAAUUCGACGAAGCAGAAUGAGAAGACCAAACGGAAGAAGACAACACAUGACCCUAUUGAAGGCAAUAAUAGCGGUUGUGGCACUUCAGAGAAUAUUUUUUCACCAAAAGCUUCUGUUCCUGCAUUGGAUAUGCUGUCAGGACAUCCAAUUCAAUGUUUUUCCACUGAUCCAAUAACAAGUCAAUCUUGUGAGGAAGUGGGUUUUUGUCAGGGAGAUCAUGAAGAAAAGGAGCAAAAGAUGAGCAAUACAACUGCAGCAAAAGCUUCCACACCGGCAGGGGAUAUGCUUUCAGGACAUCCAAUUCAAGGCCUUUCCACUGAUCCAAUAACAAGUCAAUCUAUUGAGGGAGUGGGUUUUUGUCAGGCAGAUCACGAAGAAAAGGAGCAAAAGAUGAUCAAUACAACUGCAGCGAAAGCUUCCUCACCUGCAUUGGAUAUGUUGUCAGGACAUCCAGUUCAAUCUUUUUCCACUGAUCCAAUAACAUGUCAAGCUUGUGAGGAAGUGGGUUUUUGUCAAGGAGAUCAUGAAGAAAAGGAGCAGAAGACGGUGGAUACAACUGCAGAAAAGCAGCACAACGUUCCAGAAGUAAGCUGCUACCACAUUUCUGUUGCAGCAAGUCCUGAGCCUUUUGCGAAAGAGUGUGUGCCAGAAAUUAGUAUAGAGCAUAGCAUAAAUGAUAACAUUUCCAACCCGGAGGAUAAGAAUAGUUUUCUAAAUGGUACAAGUCCGAUGAAAGAAGAUGUUUAUGACCCAACAGAUAAAAACAUAUGUUACAAAGCCUGUGCAAGGAGACAAAUGGUUAAUGCUGAUUGUAGGAGAAGCAGUGGUGACCACAGUCCUGAAAAUCCUAACAAGGAACCGACUUUUCAGGAUCAUGACAAGGAUUGUUCACACCAACUUUCUGAUGGAUCAUUGAGAGUUGGCAUGAUAGAUGAAGAGACAAAACUUUCAUUUGAUCAAGUUACCUCACAUAAUGGAGCAGCAGCUGAGGAAAUAAAGUUGAGCACUGACAUCAUUGAUGAGCGAAGAUUUAUGACUACUGUUGUAGACAUUCCUGUGGAGCAUCUCGAAGCAGGUGGUAGACAACUGGAUGAUACAGAGAUUACAAGAAGUAAUCUGUGUUGUGCAGGUGAGCAAAUAGAGUUGACCACUGACAACAUUAAUGAGCAAACAUCUAUGACUGCCUCAUCUGCAGUUGGCAUUCAUGUGGAGCAAGUUGAAACUAAUGGUAGACAGCUAGAUCAUUCGGAGAUUACAAGAAAUGAUCUAUGUUGUGCAGGUGAUGUUUCUGAUUUAAUCUUAGACACAGUAAGAGAUGGUCAUUUAAAGAUUUCACAAUUCUCACUAGACAGAAGUGGUUUGGGGACCCCAAAGAAGAAGCUUCUCAUCCUUGAUGUGAAUGGACUGCUUGCUGAUUUUGUCAGUAUCGAUGUCACUAGUACAAGAUAUAGACGAGAACCAGAGCCAGAUUUUAUACUGAAAGGGAGAAAAGUCUACAAGAGACCCUUUUGCAAGGAUUUUCUACAGUUUUGCUUUGACAGAUUUCAUGUAGGAGUAUGGUCUUCUAGAGCCAAGUUCAAUGUUGAGGAAGCUAUCAAAUUUCUUAUGGGGAAAUCUGCAUCCAAACUUCUCUUUUGUUGGAAUCAGUCCCACUGUACUACAACUGAAUUCGCUACUGUUGAGAAUAUACACAAGCCCCUUGUGUUGAAGGAACUUAGAAAGUUGUGGGAAAAGGAAGAUCCCAAUCUACCAUGGGAGAAGGGAGAGUUUAACGAGUCCAACACAUUAUUAUUGGAUGACUCCCCUUACAAGGCCCUAAUGAAUCCUAUGCAUUCAGCUAUAUUUCCCUAUUCUUACCGAUACCGCAACACCAGAGACUCAGAAUUAGGACCAGGAGGUGAUCUUCGGAUUUAUCUAGAAGGGUUGGCUUUAGCCGAGAAUGUAAGAAACUACGUGUCAGAAAAUCCUUUUGGCCAACGACCGAUAAGAGAAUCAAAUCUAUCCUGGGGUUACUACCGUAGAGUUAUAGAAUCAGUUCAAAAGAAGCGAUGGAGGAGAUAAUUGCUUACAUAACAAUGCAUGAUGAAAGCUCAGACAUGAUGGGGGUUCUCAUUCACAUUGAUGAUUCAGGCACUGCAUUUGUUUAAUCACUCUGGUGAAUGAAAUGACGUUCAGUUUUGACUUAAAAUAGAUCAGUUUUGUUUACUUGCUACUUAGCCAGAAUGACUAGCAGGGCAUAUAGUUCAAUUGUUUUCAUAAAUUUUUGACCUUCUUGGAACGUUUUUGGUUUGCCGUUGGAAAUCACAGACCACUGAACUCUAGUUUAGAGCUGGUCAAAAUUGGUUGUGGUUCACUAUUUUGUGUAAAACUUGGAUUAACAGAAUAAACUAGAGUUUUAUUUGAAGCCA